AGUGAUCUUGUUCGCCUCUUCCAAGUUCAGAUCAACACGCCUUCUGGUCUCAUGAGAAAUUAGCUCAGCUAGGGUUCCAUCCCUUUCUCGCGCUCUCCCUUCUACGUACCAAUCUGUGGCCGCUCUCAGGCGAUUACUCUCUCCCUUACCAUAAUCACCGGAAGAACCGAAUCUCUGGUGUUUGCAGAGCGCGGCAGUUUGAUCUUUUCUAGGGGUUUGGUUAUCGUAGUAAAUGAGCAAUGGAUCCGUUUGAUCCAUGCAUGAGAAACCUUGGGUUUUUGUGAGAGUUUGAGCUUAGCAGUUAAGGAAAUGAGAAGCGAGGAAGAUUCAGGCUCUGUGCCCAUCGUCGGUGGCAGGAAGGCGUUCUGGAGAUCGGCGUCUUGGUCGUCUUCUCGGACUGCGUCCGUUCCUGAUGAUGUUGCAAGUGGCGACGCAUCAGAGAACGCUUCUUCCAAUGGUCAGUUUCGACGCUUCCCGCCUACUCCUCUCACGCCUAGAUCUAAUAGCAGUAAGGCUCGUUCCUGCCUUCCUCCCCUCCAACCCCUCUCUAUAGCUCGCCGGAGUUUGGACGAGUGGCCAAAGGCCAGCUCCGAUGACGUUGGGGAGUGCCUCCAGCCGCCUACGCCGAGUGGUAGAGCAGAACCCAGCCGACCCGGGGAAGGUCUGAAGGUGGACUUAUCAUCGCUGCGGUCUCAGGUUAAAAAAGAUCAGAUUGCGUUCUUUGAUAAGGAGUGCUCCAAGGUGGCGGAUCAUAUCUACCUUGGUGGAGAUUACGUGGCUAGGAACAGAGAGAUCCUUCGCGAGAAUGGUAUCACCCAUGUUCUCAACUGCGUUGGAUUUGUUUGUGCGGAGUAUUUCAAAGCUCAUCUCGUGUACAAGACACUCUGGUUGCAGGAUAGCCCGACCGAAGAUAUUACCAGUAUACUGUACGAUGUGUUUGAUUACUUUGAGGAUGUUCGGGAGCAGGGCGGCAGGGUGUUGGUUCAUUGCUGUCAAGGAGUAUCCCGAUCAACCUCGUUGGUGAUAGCCUAUCUCAUGUGGAGGGAAGGUCAGAGUUUUGAUGAUGCCUUUCAGUUUGUGAAAGCUGCGAGGGGUAUUGCCAAUCCAAACAUGGGUUUUGCAUGCCAGCUGCUGCAGUGCCAGAAGAGGGUCCAUGCAAUUCCAUUAAGCCCUAAUUCAGGGCUUAGGAUGUACAGGAUGGCACCACACUCACCUUAUGAUGCUCUGCACCUUGUUCCUAAGAUGCUUAAUGAUCCAUCUUCUGCUGCUUUGGAUUCUAGAGGGGCGUUCAUUCUCCAUGUAGUGUGCACAAUCUUUGUGUGGAUUGGUAAAAACUGUGAUCUGGUAAUUGAGAAGGAUGCUAAAGCUGCUGCGUUUCAGGUUGUAAGAUAUGAGAAGGUGCCUGGGCCUAUUAUUACAGUUGAAGAAGGUGAGGAGCCUGCAGAUUUUUGGGAUGCAUUUUCUAACCCAAGAGCUGGCUUAGACAAUGCCACAAAUGUUGAAAAGGAAGAGGUUGAGUCUGGAAGAAAACCUAUUGUGGGUAAGAGGAGAGUCGAGGCAUAUGAUGUUGACUUUGAUCUUUUCUAUCAAGCUAUCACUGGAGGUGUUGUUCCUCCUUUUCCAUCGUCUGGGCCAGGGCAAGAAACCCAUCUUCCAGCAAGAGAAAGCAAUUGGAGUAUACUGAGACGCAAGUUUCUUUCUCGUACAAUGUUUAAAGUCUUUUCAAAUUCUGCACUCAUCCAAGAGGUAGAUCCACAUGUUAAUCGAGUUCAGAUUUUGAAUGCAGAGUCUUCAACUUCUCCAACUUAUUUGUCUCCUAAUUCAUUUUCAUCUGAUUCAAGUGGUAGUUCAAAGUCUAGUUCUGAAUCUCCAACAAUCUCUCCUUCAACAUCUUCUUCACCCAUGCUUACACCAUCACCAGCUUCACGUAGUUUGCCUAAGCCAGUCAUUCUACCAUCUAAAUCUUCACAGCAUGACCCUGAGCAGCCGAGGACGAAUCUGCAGGCAACACAGUCACCUUCAAGGGACUUUUCACGCUCCAUUGCUGAAAGAAGGGGUAGCUUUUCACUUUUAAAAUUGCCAACACUGAAUAAGGAUGCCUCAUUAUCAUCCAGAAAGGUUAUUGGCGCUUCACCUACUUAUCUUGAGAGUACACAGAAAAUCUUUGACAAUCAAGCUUCUAAACCUACUCCAAUAGGUGAUGAUGCAUGCUCUAAAGAUAUGGUGGUCGAACCUCCAGUUUUGAAAAAUCUAGGUGAAUUUAAUGGUAGAGGUUUAAGAGACCAUGCUGAUCUUGAUGAUGACCACCUCUCAGGAGAUGAUAACCUGAGAUCUGGCUCUAUAGAUCUGCUUGAUAGUUUUCAAGAAUCUGGACAUUCUUUUCGAGCAUUAAUUUUUCGCUGGCCCAACUUUGAAAAGAUGACUGCAUUUAGUAGAGAGAAUCUUCAUCCCCAAGAAGUUUUAAUUUUCCUUCUUCCGGCUACUAGCAAAGACAGUUUGCCAUUUAGGAAGGUGUGCUUGUGGAUAGGAAGCAGCUUCAAACAGGUUAAUGGAGAAAAUCAGUUCGGAAGUGGUGAAAAUAUAAAGGAAGUCAAUCAGAUAAACUGGAACGAAGUUGGACGUAAUUUUCUUGCUUUCAUGGAGCUCCCCAUCGACCUUCCAAUAAAGGUUUUUGAGGAACAGGAUCCAGAAAAAUUUUUAGAAAUGAUGAAUACCACUUGGAAUCUGUAUUAGCAAACUUAACCAAUUUGAGCUUUACUGAACGGCAUUUAUGCUGUAGAGUUUGAUCGGAUAGUGUAGAUCAGCGAAGCGUGAAGAGGAGGAAUAUGCACAGUGGCUGUUUUAGUUUUUUGGCAUGUACAGUGCCCACUUCCCUGUAAGCGCAAUUUAUUGGGAAGAAAAAAAAAAAAAACUGUAAAUCUUUAGAUAGCUUCUGUAAAUUGCCUUGGGACUGCUUACUUAGUCCUUUUAUCCAGUUAAUGAACUGAUAUUCAUUACUAAUGC